CAACAGCAGUCCUUUUGGAGCGUAACAGGGACACUUGUGAUGACACUUAUGGCCAGAAGCAUAGAAGUCGAUAUUAAAAUUUGUUUUACACGACUUCUCCACAAGUCUAGGGAAUAGUCUACAAGAUUAAUAGAAAGAUAGGUGGGAAUGUCACGAUCUAAAACAAAGUGUUUUAAUCGUAUAUUUUGGGUAAACAAUUGCGGGAGAGAGGAAACCGAUUCUGCUCACAAGCAAAUUUGUACUUUUUAAGAAUGAAAGUGCCGCACGUCAAAUGUGAGCCAAUCCGCGCAUUAAAGGGUUCCCAUAGGUGGCUCUACCUUCAUGCGCAAAACGCGCCCGGUGGUGCCACCGCACUCUCUUGUCAGUAGGAACUCCAAUGUACCUCCGUCACUGGUGACAGCAGGCGAUGACGAUGCGCCGCUAGGGGACCGCGUCUCCACACAAGGACCUGUCCCGUAGCAGUGAAGCGUCGCGCACGGAUCCUGAGAGACACCCCGGAGAGUGGAGCGCAUCGGUCCCUGGAAGUGCCAUGGAGAACGCAACCUCGCCGGAGAGCGCAGCGUCGCCUGUAGACCACAUUUUCAAUCUCACCAAAGAUGAAUGGCAACUCAAUGGCACCACCAGGGUCCCGGACGGCGCGUCCGAGGACUUCGUCACGGCCAUAUUACGCGUUACUAGGGAUCCAGUGUCUUUACUUAGAACCACCGAGGGGGCUAUAGCCGCUGGUUUACUAGCGGCACCACCUGCGCCUUCGCUGGCUCCACCUGAGUCGGGUCACCUGGUGGUCGCGUUUUGGGACUCGCCACUCAGUCAUGGGAUAAACGUGUUCGUGGGGAUUAUCCUGUGCUUCACCAUGUUGGGGCUGGGAUGCACAGUGGAGGUAGGCCAACUCGGGGAGCAUAUCCGGAGGCCCAUAGGGGUGUUGUUGGCUCUGGUGUGCCAGUUCGUCAUCAUGCCUCUGGUGGCUUUUCUUCUGGCACUGGCUUUCUCCCUCGACGAUGUGGCGGCCAUGGCCGUCCUACUGUGCGGCUGCUGCCCCGGAGGAAACCUUUCCAAUAUUUUGUCACUACUGGUCAACGGUGAAAUGAACCUGAGCAUCAUCAUGACCAUCUCCUCCACCAUUCUCGCGCUGGUCCUCAUGCCGCUCUGCUUGUGGAUGUAUAGCCGAGCAUGGAUCAACACGCCCGUGGUGAACCUCUUGCCGUUCGGACCGAUCAUCAUCACACUGUGCAGCACGCUCAUUCCCAUCGGUCUAGGUGUCUGGCUCAGAUACCGCUACACCCGCGCUGCUGACAUAGUCCUAAAAGUGUCUCUGUGGUCCCUGCUGGUCACCCUGGUGAUGCUCUUCAUCAUGACCGGCGCCAUGCUGGGCCCCGAGCUCCUGUCCACCAUCCCGCCGUCCGUCUACCUGGUGGCCGUGCUGAUGCCGAUGGCCGGCUACGGGGCGGGCUACGGACUGGCGCGCCUCUUCGACAUGCCGCCCAACAGCUGCCGGACCGUAUCCAUGGAGACGGGCUGCCAGAACGUGCAGCUGUGCACGGCCAUCCUGAAGCUGGCCUUCCCGCCGCAGCUGAUGGGCGGCAUGUACAUGUUCCCACUGCUCUACGCACUCUUCCAGGCGGCCGAGGCCGGCAUCUUCAUCCUGGCCUAUCGCAUGUACCGGACGGAGGUGCUCCACAAGGAGGACUACCUGGGCGACAGCGACGACACGGACAUCAACUACAAGACGCUGAAGGAGGACGACGGGGCCUUCGACACGGCUUAUGGCUCGGUGACCGUAAGUGACCCCAACUCCAUUGCGCUGGAGUCUCGAGGAACACCCCCGACCCCGGUGUAGGGACUACUAAAGACACUCAAGAGAGAAAGAGACAGAGAGACAUACAGACAUACAGGCGAGGGGGUGAGCUUCCAUACCUCUCUUAACACUGACAUUCCCAAUGCAAUCAUGGCUACCAUCGCUGAAACCUCACCACUCUCCUCAGCAGCUCCAGAGAAUGCCACAAGAGGGCUGGUUAGCUGCACCAUGGUCUUGUAGGGGCUGAUGUGCCCCUGGGCAUUUUUCAGGACAUGAACUGAUUCCAUGUUUCAUUUCACUGAAAAACAACAACCGCAACAACCGCAACCACUGCAACGAUUGAGGAUGACUGUAUUUGUGUAACACAAUCACCAUGUGAACUGGUGACUGAUGACAUUUAUGUUUUCAAAACACAUACGCUGUUUUUUUUCCGGCACAUGUUCACAACUUCACAACAGGACAGCUACGCAGAUGGGAUUUCUUUGCAUGGAAUCCAUUGAACCAUACUUCAAGCUUAAUAGUACUAAAGCCUUAUAGCCUGGAAUAAUCUACCAGUGGGUUGAAUUCACAACUAUCAAUGGAACACUCCAACUAUACAGGUUUACAUCAACAUUGUAUUGACUAUUUUCAUGAACCUCAUUCAUGAAAUCCUGUGUGAAAGGGGAGCAAUUUGCUGGGUCAAGACUCAUUAAUUAUUCCAGACACUGAUGGUGUGUGGCAUGACUAAUAAACCAUUCUCUGUUCAUAAAAAUAACUCAUUUAAUAUCCUCAAAAACAAUGGUCCUCAUUAGAAAUAAUGAUGGUGUUGCUAUGUGAUUUGUGUGAAAAGAAGAUGAAUUGUGGCUUUAAAAUUAAGUGCUCAGAGUCAGAGCUCCCAUCGUGUCAUACUUGUGCCUCCAUGGCUAUUCCUUGCAACACUGCAUUUGUAACUUACAUUUGUAAUGCGAUGGUUCAUAAUCACGUCUGAUUUGCUUUUUUAAGCCAGACACAUUUCACCAAAGCAUCCAUGUUAAAUACAACAAUGUGUGAUUACUUCAUAAAUAAAAUGAAAACAUCGUACCUUUAACCAGUUAAAUUGUGCAAUUAUGUAAAUGUUUGCCAUAGCCUAUGUUAAGUGUAUAAACAUUAAUAAAAUAUGCACUGCAAAUUC